AUGUCAGGCCCUACAUAUGUCUGCCUGUCCAAGGCACUUGUUCGAAGGCGGAUGCUCGCAGCUCUUUCGAUGUACUUCUGUGUGACUACAGUGCUUUGUGAGCGUCUGCCAGUAGACGAAAACGAGCUGGAGGAGGCUUCGGCCGAUCGACCUGCAAACGACUUGGAUGCUGCAAAGGCUUCGGCCGCAGCUUCCCAAGACGCUGCUGGAAAGGUGUUGGAGACUGCGCCUCUUCUGCCAGCGCUGAGUUUGAAGGCUUCCUCCGCUCUAGCUCUCGCAGACCACGAGAACAUCUCGCACACCUCCGCAGAGGCAGUGCAGAAGGCCUCGGCGGCUUCCUCAAGUUCGAAAGCCAGGGUCUCUGCGCAGACGCAGGCCAGGCAGAAGGCCGCGAUGCACCGGCUCUUCGCCCGGCGAACUUCAGAGGCAGCCCAUGAGGGGCACGUCUCAGUGAUAGCCCAUGGGCGACAGCAUCGCUGGGACCUGGGCAACGACUACUCCAGCGACGGUGAAGCGCGGGAGGAAGAGGACGACGGCUCCGAGUCCAUGGCUAGGAAUCAAAGGCUGACUGACGACCAGAGGAAGCAGAUGCGCGUGUUGGAGCAGGAACUGGACAGCAGCCAUCCAGCCAACACCGGUGGCGUGCUGUCAUCUGUUGCUGAGCAACCGAUGCUGUUGGCAGUGGCCGGCGGCAUCGGAGCAUCUGUCGGCAACACGGGAAGCAUCAACUUCGAUCGAGAUCUCAUUCGCCGGAUGAAGAUGCAGGACUUGGUCGUGAUGUGCUUGCUUCUGUUCGUGUACUAUGCGACCUUGUCCUUCAGCGCUUGCCUAGCGCACAGACAGGCUGCAAACAGAUCUCGGGUGAAGUUUUACGCAGACCCGCGGAUGUACAUUAGCACAGCAGACCAGGCAGAGGAAAUCGCUUUCCUGGAGGCAUUCAACCAGAAGCCGAAGCAAGUCCAUCUGCGAGUUACUGGCUACCUGCCCGUCACCAACAACUUUCCCGGGUCCUUCUUCUGGCGAGAUGGCCUUUAUGCCGUCGCCUUUUCGUUCGCACUAGACUUGACGCCGUGGGUGGCGCGGACGAGCUUUCGGCAGCCAGAGGACACUGACGAUGAAGACGCACCAGAGGCUGGCGUGCCGAGCGAGGACUUGCGGAAGCUUCGGAGUUUCCUGGCAGAAGACACCAACGAUAUGGCAAUUGUCGAAAUGAGGAAAACAAUUACCUGGCCAUGCUGGGAGGAGUUGGCCAUGAACAUUAAGCACCGAGUCCGCCAAGCUGGCUUUCAAGGAGUCAUCAACAUCGACCGCACAGAGCAGGAAGAUAUGUGCAUCUACAAGAACACACAGUGGGCCAACUUCAUGCACGGCAAAGCACUCAAGGUGCUGUUGGCCCUGAGUGUGGUGGGAUGGCUGUUCUACGUGCCUUACAUGUGGUUGCGAUGCACGCAUUUGCAUGUCAACUGCGCGCACAGCAUCAAGAUUUCGAUAAGUGAGUUCUGGCCGUUCAUUGUGGAGGGCUUGGGCGCAAACGGAUUUCUCGUGGGGGAGGCGCCGCAGGCGGUCUUCCCAGCCCAGCGAGAAAAUUCCGUCGAGGCGGAGUCUUCGGACGAUGACACCAAUGCGAACAGGACCAACAGCGACUGA